AUCAAGUUUUCAUUGUCAAACAAUCGGAGCUGGAAGGAACAGAUCAUGAACCCUGUACAUAAUUUGUUGUGUGUUUGUUUGUUUGUUGGAAUUUCAUUUAAAGUUGCACUAUCACAAGGUGAAGAUGGUGGACAUCCGUUUGACCCUAACAAACUUAUGAAACAGUUUAUGCAAAUGAGAACGGAUCAAAACGCGUUCGGUUCCUAUAACCCAAUAGACGUUAAAGAGGCAGCAAAAGCUUAUUUCCAGAAAACUCCCCCACUUGGGGGUAUGCCUCAGGCUGGAAAUGUCCAAGCUGAAUUGAAUGGGUUCGAUCCGAAUGGUCAGAGCAUGUUUGCUGGCCACCAAUCAGAAAUAUGGAAGUUUUCUUCCAAUUACAACCCAAAUAACAAUUUACACAAGUAUGUGUCAAAGACGACAGAUGUAGGAUCGCUUGGAAGCAUCCAUACACCAAAAGAGGAGCUCAGCCAGGGUAUGUCCAGUCAAUCUCAUUCGAACAACAACUUUGGUGCCAACACGUUGAUCAGUAAUUUGGUACCUGGCACUGAUAAACAUAAUUAUGGACUUGGGGUGGGCACACCUUCCACCUUCGCUCUACCUUUGAGCUCAAUUCAUAUACCUAAACCAUCCGCAAAUCAAAUGUCAGGAACCACUGACACAGAUCAAGGCUUCAAUCCUAAUCACUUAAACCACGAGCUUUUUCAAAACUUAGGAUACAAUCCCGAGACUGUUUUAUCUGAAACAAUUCUCCCACAUCAUAAUCCGAUGGCAUCGAUUGGUCAAGGAUUUGCACACCCCUCACAAAAUCUAGAAAUAGGGAACACGGACACAACACAUAAUGGCGGGACAAUGACUCAAGAUGGAGGAACAGCUGGUAAACAAACUGAUGGAACCACCACGAAUGGAAUAAAAGACGGUACUGCUUUAGCUGGCGCACAAAAUGGGGGCCCUAUUUCUCAGAAUGGGGGAACACUGCAUAGUGGAGCAUCAGCACAAAAUACCGGAGCAAAUAUCGGAACUGGACCCUUGAUUCAAAAUGGAGGAAGUGUGAACCAAAAUAUUGGUUCAAAAUUACAGAAUGGCGGAGUACAGGCCGGAAUAAGCGCGAAUCAAAACGGUGGAACAGAAACGCAAAAUGGGGGAUCUGUAAUUCAGAAUGGUGGAGUAGAAACAAAUAAUGGGGGAACAACCGCUCAGAAUAUUGGAACACAGAACGGAGGUACUGCGAACCAGAACGGCGGAAAUUCGGGAUCACAGAAUGGAGAAACGGUAGAUCAAAACGGAGGAAAACCCACAGGCAGUGCUACACAAUCUUCAAAUCAGCCUAAAUACCAUAUUGUUUUGAACAGUAACGGGGAACAUGUACUUGUGCAAUCAACAGACCAACCAGGCAAAUACAUCAUCAUCAAAACCAUAUCCAAUGAAAAACUUGCUAACUAUUUGAUAGCAAAGUUGUCGUCAUCCGUUAGAAGCGGAUCUCCGGUUCCUAGUUCUCUGUCUGCGCUGAUGUCUGUUCAGAAAACGCCAAACAUUCCCUCUAAUUCUAAUGAAGAAUCCGCUCACUCAGCAAAAGACGGAUUGCUCCUGAACGAGAACUCUGACGGCUACCAUGCUGUGCCAAUAGAACAAAUAGGAACAUAUGGUACACAGCCAAUCCGGGCGUCUGGAAUCGGGGGACUGGGUGGUGAGCACGUUGGACAAAGGCAAACAGAUUUCGGAAUAGGAUCGCUAGGAAAGGGGUCCCAAUCAAGAGGUCCUCAGAAAGGACCAGUUAACAGUGCUAGUUCAUUCAGUAUGGAUCAAGUGAACACAAACCCGUAUGUUCAUGUAACUGGAAUAGGAACACUUGGCUCCAGCGCACAGUUACAAUUGCCUGGAUUGGAGUCUGGAGCAACAGCGCAUGCCACAGGGAUAGGAAGUCUCGGCCAUGAACAAGAGAAUGGCGGAGAAAACUCGCAACUUAAAAGAUAUAUAAGGUCAUGGUGGUGA